UACCUGUUCCUAUUCCUACAGACAAAUACGCCUGAAAAUCGGAUAUUUGCUUUCUAGGAGAACAAGGGGGUGGGAGUAGGUCGUAUUAAAUAAGAACAGGGUGGACGCUAGGGCCUGGCAGAAAAAGUAGGCCUGCUAUUCUCCUCGCGCUGUACUGAGCGGAACAGCCCGGGUAGGGUCUUUUCCAGCCCGGUCAGUACUGGUCAGGUGCCUUAACGGACACCGCGCCACUAGGUCGGAGAGGUGCUGAAGAGAUUACAGCAGAAAGAUGGCGGACGACCCCAGCGCGGCGGAUAGGAACGUGGAGAUAUGGAAAAUCAAGAAGCUGAUUAAAAGUUUGGAAGCUGCCCGGGGUAAUGGCACCAGUAUGAUCUCACUGAUCAUCCCUCCCAAGGACCAGAUUUCUAGAGUGGCCAAGAUGUUAGCUGAUGAAUUUGGCACCGCUUCCAACAUUAAGAGCAGAGUCAACAGGCUCUCCGUACUUGGGGCCAUCACCUCUGUACAGCAAAGACUAAAACUCUACAACAAGGUGCCACCAAAUGGUUUGGUUGUGUACUGUGGCACCAUUGUGACAGAAGAAGGGAAGGAGAAGAAAGUCAAUAUCGACUUUGAGCCUUUUAAGCCAAUCAACACUUCCUUGUACCUCUGCGACAACAAGUUCCACACAGAGGCAUUGACAGCCCUGCUUUCUGAUGACAGUAAAUUUGGCUUUAUUGUGAUUGACGGUAGUGGUGCGCUGUUUGGCACAUUGCAGGGCAACACCAGGGAGGUGCUGCACAAGUUCACUGUGGAUCUUCCCAAGAAGCACGGCAGAGGGGGGCAGUCUGCACUACGUUUUGCUCGUCUCAGAAUGGAGAAGAGACACAACUAUGUGAGGAAGGUGGCAGAGACAGCGGUCCAACUCUUUGUGUCCAAUGACAAAGUUAACGUUGCAGGAAUGGUCUUGGCUGGCUCUGCUGACUUUAAGACCGAGCUCAGCCAGUCGGACAUGUUUGACCCAAGGUUACAAGCCAAGGUUUUAAAGCUGGUGGACAUCUCCUAUGGAGGAGAGAAUGGUUUCAACCAGGCCAUUGAGCUCUCAGCGGAGGUUCUCUCCAAUGUCAAAUUCAUCCAGGAGAAGAAGCUCAUAGGAAGGUACUUUGAUGAGAUUAGUCAGGACACGGGGAAGUACUGUUUUGGUGUGGAGGACACUCUCAAAGCCCUGGAGAUGGGAGCGGUGGAGAUCCUCAUAGUCUACGAAAACUUAGACACCAUGCGUUACAUUCUACGUGUACAUGGUGCAGAGAGCAAUGGACUUGAGAACGAUGAGAAAACUUUGUACUUGACGCCAGAGCAGGAGAAAGACAAGUCUCACUUCACAGACAAGGAGACGGGGCAGGAACAUGAAUUGCUAGAGAGCAUGCCACUGCUCGAGUGGUUUGCUAACAACUACAAGAAAUUUGGAGCCACGCUGGAGAUAGUCACAGACAAAAGUCAGGAGGGGUCCCAGUUUGUGAAGGGCUUUGGAGGCAUUGGGGGUAUCUUGCGGUACAGGGUGGAUUUCCAGGGCAUGGAGUACCAAGGAGAGGACGAUGAGUUCUUUGAUUUGGAUGACUACUAGGUAGUCAGGGACUGAUAUUUGGAGAAAAAAAGCAAAGGAGUGUAUGAAGAAAUGAGAAUAGAAAAAUGCCACCUCUCUUGCAGCAAGCGAGAGGUGCAACCGGGUUGAGCGUAUAUGACGGACACACCUUCCAAUUUACCUGUUGCAUACACAAACUUGCGCCUACAUUUCAUCUGUACACUCAACAAAAUGCAUCACACAGGCUGAAGAGGAGUAAGAAUUUCUUUCAUCCAGAGAGGGAGAAAGCCCUUCCUGAAUAAAUCCCUGCCUUAGAGUGCUGGUUCCUUCCCCUAGUUGGAUUGGACUUGACUCAUUUUGUUCAUUUUUUUUUCCUCCUCCCCUCCAUUUUGAAUGAACACAACAGCAAGUUCCCAGAGUCCUUCUCUGCCCCUAACCCGGUCUAAAGAAGAACUUUAGACUCACUUCUCAUAUAUAGAAAAUAUAUUUUCCUUUCUUGCCUCAUGUACCUACCCUCUCGCUCUCUCCUCUCCCUUCAACGCUUUCUCUUUGUCUCAUUUUUUUUUCCACCCUUUUUUGCAUUUCAUUUUUUUACUGGUGACUGCUGCUGUUGUAUUUUAUGAGAGUGGGGGAUUUUUUUUACCUGGGUUUCUGUAGAGAAAGGGGGACAAAGUAUUAAAUUUGAACUGCUGAAAACCA